GAGUGAGGUUGGGGUUAGUGUCCUUCGGACGUUUUUUAAAAGUAUUAUUUUCCUCCUCCAACUGGUUUGACCUGUGAUGUUGAGACGUCCCCACAGCGACAGGACAGAGUACAGACACUUUGCAUAUCCUGUUUCUGUGAGUCACUUGAGUUGGUUGGUGGCUAGUGCUGCUAACGUUAGCUAGCUGGAUACUCUGCUGGACAAAAUGACUUCUUGACAGCUUCAUUCAACGGCUGUGUGUUGACGGAACGGAACGGAGCUGAAGAUUAGAUGGACGGGUUUGCAGGUGACGUACUGAGCGGUGGCCGGGCGUUGCUAGGCGAGGACAGCUCGGUCGUGGCCCGCAUGCAGAAGACGUUUUGGAAGACGAAGCAGGUUCUGAUCAAGGCCACGGGGAAGAAGGAGGACGACUACGUGGUGGCUUCUGAUGCCGACCUCGACGCCAAGCUGGAGUUGUUCCACUCGGUCCAGACCACCUCCACUGAGCUGCUGAAGGUGAUUGAGAAAUACCAGCGGAGGAUCACACACCUGUCUCAGGAGGAGAAUGAGUUGGGGAUGUUUCUGAGGUUCCAGGCAGAACACGACCGCACCAAGGCUGGAAACAUGAUGGACGCAACCAGCAAGGCCCUGUGUGCCUCGGCCAAGCAGAGGCUGGUCCUGCGCCCGUCCUUACACCGGAUGGAGCAGGAGGUGGAGACGUUUCGGCGGCGUGCGAUCGCUGACACGCUCCUGACCGUGACCCGGAUGGAGAAAUCCAGGACGGAAUACCGUGGAGCGCUGCUCUGGAUGAAGGAUGUCUCUCAGGAACUCGACCCGGACACCUGUAAACAUCUGGACAAGUUCCGCAAGGUGCAGUCCCAGGUCAGAGGUUCGAAGGAUCUGUUUGAGAAGCUGAAGAACGAUGUGUGUCAGAAGAUUGACAUGCUGGGAGCCUCCCGUUGUAACAUGCUGUCUCACUCCCUCUGCACAUACCAGAUCACCCUCCUCCAGUUCUGGGAGAGGACAGCCGAUGUGAUGAGUGGGAUUCAUGAGUCUUUUAAAGGCCUUGUCCCCUACCAGUUCACCACUCUCAAGGACCUCCGGGACCCUCUGGAGCAGCUGACAGAUUUAGAGAACCAGGACCAGAACAAAGAGAAGGCCAUACAGAGUAACAGUCUGGUCUCCCUGGAUGAAGAGAAGCCAUCAGAAUCAGCCUUUGGCCCCUUCCAUGCUGUUGAUGGACACAGCCUCACCAGCUCUCUGUGUGCUAGUCUGGACUCUGGCGGGGACCUCUCUGGAAGCGCUCUACUGCAGCAGGGGCUCAGGGUGGGGGACAAGGAGGAGGAGGACAGGGAGACUGGGGACAUGGCCUUUCUGAAGGACCUCCUGAGCCCUGGACCAAUGGAAGCAGACGAGUUCAGUCGAGAGUGGCAAGGCACCUUCGGCUGCUUGGAGUUCUCUGACGCUGUCCCCCACACAGCCCCCACCCCCUCCCUGGUCCCUCCUCCCCCUACUGAAGCAGCCUGCCCCCCCUCUCAGUCCCCCAGUCCCACCGGCUUCCUGCCCUCCCAGCUGCUGGACCACAGUCUGAGUUCUACAGGCUGGGCGACGCCUCCCAUGUUCCAGGCUCCGCCCCUACAGUCCCCAGUGUCCGGCCAGGUCCAGUCAGCUAAGGGUGGUCCAAAGUCAACAGCCAAUGUUCCUAAAGGGGCACCGCGGGACAUGUCUGCAUGGUUCAACCUGUUUGCUGAUCUGGACCCCCUCUCUAACCCUGACGCCAUCGGACGCUCUGAAGACGAGAUCCUCAAUGCCUGAGGGGGGGGGGGGGGUGUGUGUGUGUGUGUGUGUGUGUGUGUGUGUGUGUGUGUGUGUGUGUGUGUGUGUGUGUGUGUGUGUGUGUGUGUAGUUACUGUAUACUUUGUAACGUCUGUAAUAUUCUAUAUUGAUGAUAGAGGAGGGGGGAGGGGGGGGGGGUGUGUAGUUACUGUAUACUUUGUAAUGUCUGUAAUACUCUAUAUUGAUGAUAGAGGAGGAUUUGACUGAGAUGAAUGUCCUUUCUAUACAGGAUAUGUACUAUAGGGGGUUGGGCUUAACCUUAGCGAUAUAAUGUAGAACCUAACACCCGAUUGGUUGGCCCAACAACCUAACACCUGAUUGGUUGGCCCAACAACCUAACACCUGAUUGGUUGGCCCAACAACCUAACACCGGACCGGGCUCUACCAGUGACAUGGUCUAUAAUACUAAUUAUAAAGCGGGUAGUUUGGGUCCUGAAUUCUGAUUGGCUGAAACAGCAUUCCAGUCGUGUGUAUUAUCAGACGCUAUACCACAGGUAUGACACGACUCCUAGUUGACCUGCUGUUUAUGUGGGUGAGCAGUUUAGAAUAGCAGUAAGGCCUUCUGGGUUGGUGGUAUAGGACCAGUUUAGAAUAGCAGUAAGGCCUUCUGGGUUGGUGGUAUAGGACCAGUUUAGAAUAGCAGUAAGGCCUUCUGGGUUGGUGGUAUAGGACCAGUUUAGAAUAGCAGUAAGGCCCUUCUGGUGCUAUAUGACCAGUUUAGAAUAGCAGUAAGGCCUUCUGGGUUGGUGGUAUAUGACCAGUUUAGAAUAGCAGUAAGGCCUUCUGGGUUGGUGGUAUAGGACCAGUUUAGAAUAGCAGUAAGGCCCUUCUGGGUUGGUGGUAUAUGACCAGUAUAGAAUAGCAGUAAGGCCCUUCUGGGUUGGUGCUAUAGGACCAGUUUAGAAUAGCAGUAAGGCCCUUCUGGGUUGGUGGUAUAGGACCAGUUUAGAAUAGCAGUAAGGCCCUUCUGGGUUGGUGGUAUAGGACCAGUUUAGAAUAGCAGUAAGGCCCUUCUGGGUUGGUGGUAUAUGACCAGUAUAGAAUAGCAGUAAGGCCUUCUGGGUUGGUGGUAUAUGACCAGUUUAGAAUAGCAGUAAGGUCCUUCUGGGUUGGUGGUAUAGGACCAGUUUAGAAUAGCAGUAAGGCCUUCUGGGUUGGUGGUAUAUGACCAGUUUAGAAUAGCAGUAAGGCCUUCUGGGUUGGUGGUAUAUGACCAGUAUAGAAUAGCAGUAAGGCCCUUCUGGGUUGGUGCUAUAUGACCAGUUUAGAAUAGCAGUAAGGCCCUUCUGGGUUGGUGGUAUAGGACCAGUAUAGAAUAGCAGUAAGGCCCUUCUGUUGGUAUAGGACCAGUUUAGAAUAGCAGUAAGGCCCUUCUGGGUUGGUGGUAUAGGACCAGUUUAGAAUAGCAGUAAGGCCUUCUGGGUUGGUGGUAUAGGACCAGUUUAGAAUAGCAGUAAGGCCCUUCUGGGUUGGUGGUAUAGGACCAGUUUAGAAUAGCAGUAAGGCCCUUCUGGGUUGGUGCUAUAGGACCAGUUUAGAAUAGCAGUAAGGUCCUUCUGGGUUGGUGGUAUAUGACCAGUUUAGAAUAGCAGUAAGGCCUUCUGGGUUGGUGGUAUAGGACCAGUUUAGAAUAGCAGUAAGGCCCUUCUGGGUUGGUGGUAUAUGACCAGUUUAGAAUAGCAGUAAGGCCUUCUGGGUUGGUGGUAUAGGACCAGUUUAGAAUAGCAGUAAGGUCCUUCUGGGUUGGUGGUAUAUGACCAGUUUAGAAUAGCAGUAAGGCCUUCUGGGUUGGUGGUAUAGGACCAGUUUAGAAUAGCAGUAAGGCCUUCUGGGUUGGUGGUAUAUGACCAGUUUAGAAUAGCAGUAAGGCCUUCUGGCUUGGUGGUAUAUGACCAGUAUAGAAUAGCAGUAAGGCCUUCUGGGUUGGUGGUAUAUGACCAGUAUAGAAUAGCAGUAAGGCCCUUCUGGGUUGGUGCUAUAGGACCAGUAUACCACUGCUACGGGCUGUAUCGUCGUACAGCCCCUUCAGCAGGUAGGAUUUAUACUGUACUGUACUGCUAAUACUACCAUACAGCCCCUUCAGCAGGUAGGAUUUAUACUGUACUGUACUGCUAAUACUACCAUACAGCCCCUUCAGCAGGUAGGAUUUAUACUGUACUGUACUACUGUACUGCUAAUACUACCAUACAGCCCCUUCAGCAGGUAGGAUUUAUACUGUACUGUACUGCUAAUACUACCAUACAGCCCCUUCAGCAGGUAGGAUUUAUACUGUACUGUACUGCUAAUACUACCAUACAGCCCCUUUAGCAGGUAGGAUUUAUACUGUACUGUACUACUAAUACUACCAUACAGCCCCUUCAGCAGGUAGGAUUUAUACUGUACUGUACUGUACUGCUAAUACUACCAUACAGCCCCUUCAGCAGGUAGGAUUUAUACUGUACUGUACUGCUAAUACUACCAUACAGCCCCUUUAGCAGGUAGGAUUUAUACUGUACUGUACUGUACUGCUAAUACUACCAUACAGCCCCUUCAGCAGGUAGGAUUUAUACUGUACUGUACUGCUAAUACUACCAUACAGCCCCUUCAGCAGGUAGGAUUUAUACUGUACUGUACUACUAAUACUACCAUACAGCCCCUUCAGCAGGUAGGAUUUAUACUGUACUGUACUGUACUGCUAAUACUACCAUACAGCCCCUUCAGCAGGUAGGAUUUAUACUGUACUGUACUGCUAAUACUACCAUACAGCCCCUUCA